UCUGUGUCUCUAUGGACUAUUCGGCAGUGGAGCCUGGGCGAUUCCGUGCAGAGGGUCUUUGAGGCAUUCAAUUUUUGGGACUGAAACAAACACAAAUGCUCCUCCCACAAAGUGCGGGGGCGGUGCCUGAGCAAUGCACCAAUCACAGCGAGCCCUGCCCUAUAUAAAGCCCUGAGGCCCCUUAGCACUUUACGUUGUUUGGAAGGUGAUACCAUCUAUUUAUUUGCACUGAUUAUGCUUGAAACGGCACCUGCGGCUUGAGCGGACUCAGUUCUAGUUUCCAUGGAGAAACCUCUUCCCGAGAAGCCGGUUGGCUUGACGGGUAUAAGUCGGAAAACCCCAAGCGCCUCGGUGUCCAAGUUGAUUACCGAGGCUCUUUUAGUCUCCCAGGAAAGAGGUGGCAUGUCCUUGGCUGCGCUAAAAAAAUCGCUAGCAGCCGCAGGUUACGAUGUGGAGAAGAACAAUAGCCGCAUCAAGUUGGGCCUCAAGAGCCUGGUUAGCAAGGGAAUCCUGGUGCAGACCAGGGGUACUGGUGCUUCGGGCUCUUUCAAGCUCAGCAAGAAGGCUGCUGUUCCUGAGCCCACCAAGGGAAAGGUCAAGAAGCCUGCUUCUACGAAGACCAAGAAGCUGGUCUUAGGCAGAGACUCAAAAUCUCCAAAGAAUGUUAAGCCUAACAGAAGAGUUAAGACACCGAAGGCUGCAGUAGCAGCUCAGAAAGCUGGUCGCGGCAGAAAGGCUAAAGAUGCCAAGAGCAAACAGCAACAGAAAAGCCCGACGGAGGCCGGAGCAGGGAAGCCCAAGGCUGGGAAUCCUAAAUUGACCCAGCAGAAAGCUAAUCCUGGGAGAGCAACCGCCAAGAAGUAAAGGUUCUGGAACAGCCAGUUUUCAUAGAAUCCAAAGGCUCUUUUAAGAGCCACCCAAAUGGUUUCUAAGAGAGAGUGACGCUGAGUUUUCAGUAAGGCUUCAAAGAGUGCUGGUCUACUUUUACAUCGCUU